CACACGAAACAAAAAAAACAAAAGAAAAACAGGGGGAAAAACUCAUUGCUGCCAUUUGAACUUAUACACCAUUUGACCAGUGCUGUUAAAAGCAGAGUUUUGGUUUUAAAUCGACAGAAGCGGGCUUUAUCAGCGUGCCGUUAGCGUCUAGCGGGUUGGCGCGUGAGUGAGGAUGAUGAGCUCCUCCAGUGUCACUACAGAGACGUUAGUGCGGAAGCUCAGUCACUCCACUCUGCGUCAACUCUCCGACUUUCUGGACCCGCAGGACGCGUGGAAAAGUGUCCUAAUAGACAUAAAGAAAGACACAGGGGAGCCGAGGUACACCCAGCUACACGUCAGGAGAUUUGAGAGGUUGGUGGCGCAAGGUAAAAGUCCUACAGUGGAGUUGUUAUAUGAUUGGGGAACCACAAACUGCACUGUUGGGGAACUGGUAGAAAUUCUUAUCAGUCACCAGCUGUUUGCACCUGCCAGAUUACUACUGCCAGACAUAACUGCAGCACCUGUUGAAACAUAUUGGAGAUCAGUUGAGGAUCCACCCACUCGAUAUCACCAGGAGCAGACUCAGGUUUGUGGAGUAAAAUUGAAUCAAGCACAGCUAGAAGAAGAAUCGCCUUGCAUGUUUCCUGACAGCACCACAGGACCGGAAGAGAGUCAAAAGCCUGCUGAAGAAGGUUUCUACAACUUUACUUAUCGUGAGCUGACACAAAUCACAGGGAACUGGGAUGAACGGCCAGCUUCAAUGGGAGGCAACAGACUGGGGGAGGGUGGCUUUGGAAUCGUGUUCAAGGGUCGGCACAAUAUCAAGCCUGUUGCAGUAAAGAAACUGAAUUUAGUAGAUGACCUGUCUCCUGAGGAGCUUAAGUCUCAGUUUCAUCAAGAGAUUCAAACACUGAAGAGAUUAAAACAUGUGAAUUUGGUGAAUAUGGUUGGUUAUUCCAGUGACGGACAUUGUCCAUGUUUAGUCUAUGUUUACAUGUCUAAUGGUUCAUUAUUGGAUCGACUAGCAUGUUUGGACGGAAGCAGUCCUUUGUCCUGGCAGCUGAGGUGCGCUAUAGCAGUUGGAACAGCCAGAGGCCUUGAAUACCUUCACCACCACAAUCACAUACAUCGAGAUGUAAAAAGUGGAAACAUCUUGUUGGAUGAAUCCUUCGUCCCCAAGAUUUCUGAUUUUGGUUUAACGAGGGCAUCAUCUAAGCACUCGUGUACAACAGUGAUUACUGGGAGGAUUGUCGGUACGACGGCUUACAUGGCACCAGAGGCACUUAGAGGAGAAAUCACCCCAAAAUCUGAUGUCUUUAGCUUUGGAGUGGUGCUCUUGGAAAUUGUUUCUGGACUUCCCCCUGUUGAUGAAAACCGGGACCCAAAACUUCUGAUGGAGAUAAAGGAUGAGAUAGAGGAUGAGGAGAUGACACUGGAGGAGUUUAUAGAUAAGAAAAUGCUGGAUUGGGAUUUAGAGUCUGUGGAAAGGACAUACAAUUUAGCCAGCCAGUGCCUGAGUGAAAGGAAAAACAGGAGACCUUUGAUGAAGGAGGUGCUUGCUGAGCUGGAGGGAUCAUAAAUCAACUACAAGCAGACCAACGAGAGACUGACCUCUAAUUUCCAAAAAAAUCUAAAAUGUGAUAAAAAUAUUUGUUCUUUCAGUUAUUUAGAUAUAAAUAAUUAUUUAGAAUAAAUAAUUUAAAUAAGUCAGUAUGGAUUACUGUUAUUAAAUUAAGGGAGUCAUUUGGGUUUUAAAUAUUUUUUUAUUAAUUAAAAAAAAACAUUACAGAGAAAAGCACUCUCAAGACCACCAGACAUGAGACAUUUAACUAUAUAAUUCCAUUUACAUGGGUGUUGGCUCGUGCACAUGUUCAACAGUGGUUUAUCUGGUUUGUGCUUUAGUAAUAGUAGCAAUUAAUGAGUGAAAAACUAAACAAAUUAUUUUUGUAAAUAGUUAUUUCAAGUAAUUCAUUGAUUAAAAAUUCUGAAGCCAA